AGUCACUGAACAGCUUCGGAGCUGUCUGGUUCGCAUGUUUUUUACCGUUUGAUUGGCAGGAUGAACACUUUCAGUUUUAUUAUCCUUUGCUUCAGCAUUUUGGUUGCGGUUUUGGCAAAUCCACAAGGAUCCAAAGAAGGAAAAGCAACUCGGCCACCCACCCGCAGACCGGAGCACAGGUGUCCUAGAGCGCGAAAUCAGGAUUACGAUUGUCAAUUCGUAAACGUUGUUCAUCGUGGUGACCAUCCCAUUUAUUUUGUUCACAAUCCAGGGAAGAAAAUUGCAUUCUCCAAGUCACAAAUAAGCUACUUGCCUAAGAGCUUUUUCGAUGCCUUCCCUGAAAUGGAAACCGCUAGCUUGGAGAAUAUGAAAAUGCACUACAUAGAAAACAAAGCAUUUGAAAAUGCUGGUAAAUUACAAAAUUUGAAUGUACGGAAAAACUAUUUGCGAGAAUUUAAGAAAAAUACAUUUGAAGGGGCUCAAUCGAUCAAAAAACUUAAUGCAAACGACAAUGAAAUCGCAUCAAUUGAUCCAGAUGCAUUAAAUAUAUUGCCAAACCUUCGACAAUUAAAUAUUGCCGAAAAUAAACUGGAACAACUGCCUAAACUAAGCAAUAAUAAAGAGCUACUUAGAGUCGGAGCGUUCACUAAUCAAAUAAAUCGCAUAGAAAAUGACCAAUUCAUUAACAACCAGAAGAUACAAGAGAUCAUUCUUAAAGACAAUCAAAUAACCCAUUUUGAUCUUCGUCAGCUUAACAAUAAACGAGACUUAGCUAAAGUAGAUGUGAGCUACAAUCGCCUAACAAUUUUGUUUAUCCCAAACAACAUCAAAGUAUUGAGUGCCAAAAACAAUUCAAUCGCCUCAAUUACACACCAAGGACAGUCUAACAUCGAGGAACUAGAUCUAUCCAAUAAUGCACUCGUUGAAGUUCCGCAGCUGACUGCGAAUGAACUCCGAAUGUUGGAUCUUUCCAAUAAUCGAAUUAUAAAGCUCGACUUUAAGGUAUUCUCCCAAAUGCCAAAGCUGACACACCUCAAUGUAUCCAGCAACUAUUUGUUUGAGCUUAAAAUGAACCCAAAGCCAAUUAGCAUUACAGAACUUGACCUAUCUAACAACAAACUCAAUAGUGCACCAAGUGAUUGUAAAAGUUUAGCAAAUGUUCGAAAACUUUAUCUAAACAAUAAUGAUUUAGUACAAUUCUGUGGUUUUGAUUCAUUGAAAAAACUUAAACAUAUCAGUUUAUCUGGAAAUAACUGGGAUUGCCUUAAAAUAAAUCUACCUAGCGGCGUAAGUUUAAUCGAUGCAGACAAUCCCCAAACAUGUAAAACUGGAGCUUCUUUGAAUGCUCAAAACAUUUGCUGUAAGCGCUCAUAACCUGAAACUUAAGUAGGUACCCACGUUAAGCACCCGAAGGCAACUCAAGAAAACAUGUUCCAGCAAUGAAUUGGGUGCGAGUAGUAAAGUGAAUAAGCUCCAAAUGGAAAUGGAUCAACAAGCGCAAACAAAGUUUUUCAGCAACAUAUUCAGGAAAAUCAUCAAAACCAGCUAGAAAUCAACAGAAUUUUACAGUUCGAAAACAGUCACCUACAAACAAAUGAAUCUUUGCUUGAAAUGGUGAUCGAUAAUCAGCUCACGAAAAAACGGCAUAGACAGAAAAGAAAUCCACGACCCAGAGCAAACUACGCCGAACAGACUUUGAAAUCAGAGUUAAAAACAAUGCAUGGAAAAAACCGUAAGCAACACUAUCAGAAUAAAAUA